AUGAAAGAUAAUAAUGAAACCGAGGAAGGAGGGGGCUGGCGGUCUACCCACCGUUCUCAUUCAGUCCCUGAGCUUAGCAAAGAAGGAAGUGUAUCUGUCCCUGGUGGUUUCCGUGUAAUUCCCAGCACACCACGAAGAUUUGAGAGGACUGUCACGACAACAACUAACCUAUCUCUAGGAGAUGAUAUUGAUGGAAAUAAUGAUGGUGGUGAAGAUAUAGCUGAUGAAGAAGCUGUUUGUAGAAUCUGCUAUGUUGAACUUGGGGAGGGUGCUGACACGCUCAAAAUGGGAUGUAGCUGCAAAGGUGAACUUGCUUUGGCCCACAAAGAAUGCGCUGUAAAAUGGUUUAGCAUUAAGGGUAAUAAAAUAUGUGAUGUGUGCAAGCAAGAGGUGCAGAACCUACCUGUCACGCUUCUACGAAUUCAAAAUGUUCUGGCCCUUAACUUGCAAGAGAGUGGUCCGCAAGCUGACGUUCCUAGACAUAGAUGGCAGCGAUAUUUUGUCAGGAUAUGGCAGGAUGUUCCGGUUCUCGUCAUUGUCGGCAUGCUUGCUUACUUUUCAUUUUUAGAGCAGCUUCUGAUUUCAAAAAUGGGAUCCUGUGCAAUUGCCAUUUCUCUCCCAUUUUCCUGCAUAUUUGGUCUUCUUGCAUCCAUGGCAGCCACAACAAUGGUAAGCAGAAAAUAUAUCUGGGUUUAUGCGGCCAUUCAAUUUGGUCUGGUGGUUCUCUUUGGACAUCUUUUUAACUCGUUGGUUCGAAUCCUGCGAAUCCAGCCCGUUCUAUCUGUCCUUGUUGCCACACUUACUGGGUUCGCAGUUAAAAUGUGUGGACAUUCUAUUAUUGUUGAGGUUUGGAAGUGGAGAACAAGUUCCCCUUCUUCACCAAAUCAACGGCAGGGUUCUCUGGACGUGAUACAGCCAGAUCGAUUGCCUGAAAAUGCAGAUCAAGUUCAGACGGAUCCUCACCAUUAUGCAAGUGAAAUGGGAGACGUAGAAGCUAUCCAUGGCGGCUGACUGGGUAUCUUUUAGAUUCAUUAAUGCGUGCCACAAGCAGUGGCAGCAUAAGAUCAAUGGUGUUUUGCUGUGUAAAUACUUUAUGAUUUUGUAUAUUUUGAGCCCUGUAGCCUCCUAUAGGCUAUUAAGUCUAACGCAUUGUUUGUAAACUUUGAUAUAUUAUAAGGCCAGCAACACCAUAAAUAUGUACAAGAGUCGGCAUUUUUUUGUGGUUA